AGGUAAAUGGUGAGAAGAAAUACACCAAAUAGACUCGCCAUUGUUCAACUGUACGAGGAAGGAUACUCCAACAAAGAUAUAUCUUUUCUGACUGGAACGCCAGUGAGGACCGUGCAAGAGACAGUGAAGCGAUUCCGUGACACCGGUACAAUAUUUACAACAUCCGACAGAAGUGAUUAUGGAGGAGAAGAAUCCGUGUUGUUGAAUCCUAUGGUUGUUGAAGAAGAUAUGUCCGAGCCUUUGUUGUUUCAACUGGGUUCGGAAGCGCCGCUCGCCUCUGUGACGAUCAAUUGCCCUCAGGUAUGGCUGCUCACACGUUUGGCGCAUGCGAAAGGCUCCUUUCGUAUUGGUCGCAAACUUGGUCAAAAGGAAGUCACCGGUGUCGGGAAAGCAGGUCGGAAAAGUGCAGAGCGCCUUCUGCUUGAACUUCUGACGCCCAAAUCGCCUUCUCCAAUGACGCCAACCCUCAACAAGCCGAUUGCUACUGGAGAGCAUAACUCAAAGAAUAGAAAGUCAAAAUCAAAAAGUUCUUCCUCUCAGCCUCGUACACACAUCCCUCCAGUCAGCGCCCUCGCCCAUCUGGCUGUGUCUUGUCAGCAUUGCUGCUGCAAACGCAUUCGUGUAGUCAAUAUUGGGCGCUUAGACGGUAAAAAUAUCAUGGAAUGCACGAACAGAGAUUGUCUUGCAACCAUAAAACUCACAGAUUUGCAAGAGGGAACGAUAAUCAAUCCGAAUGGGAAGCCUGAAGAAUUUUGUUGGUAUGAUCUUGAUCCAGAGGAGAUCUUCUAUCCAUCAGCGUCAACACUAAGGAGGCUUACGGAGAGCCUGAAAUCAGACGUGAAGAAACCGUUUGUGCCGCCAGUGAGGCAUGAUGCGCAUGGAAACAUCAUCAUGCGUUGUCCUGGGCAGAAGCAAUGGGUCAAGAUGAUGUGAUCUUCGUAUUUUUGUGUCCUCUUACGUCAUGUACAAAUAAUCUCUUUUUUUUGUCAAAAAUAUCAUUUGGGUCACUUUACCAAAUUAGGGUGCUUUCAUACCGCGCCUGCAGCCGCCAUUAGCCGCCUGUAGCCGCUUUUGCACACUAUUGCAGUAUUCUAAGGUUUUUCGAAAAAGUUAAAAGAUCUGCUAUUUGUUAUAAACAUGCGGAUAACCUCACUAAACCAAAAGCAAGAUUUGUGGUUUCGAUGUUGGGAUCCGGAAAUAGAAUAGUGCUGAAAGGCGGCUGCCGGCGCGGUAUGAAGGCGCCUUUAGGGUUUAUCUGUAAUUGGGUAUCAUUUUGCUUACUG